AUGGGUGAAAUAAAACCCGAGGUAGUACCACAGCCUCCUGCAGAUCAAGUGGAUGAUGCUGCGUUAUAUCUCAAGGACCAUCAAAAUGAGGCACUUGACUCUCAAGUUGAUCUAAGCGCUUUACGCCGCAAAAUUGAUCGCCGUUUGAUGCCAUAUAUGUUUUGCUGCUAUGUCCUGCAGUUUUUGGACAAGGUCAUGCUGAACUAUGCAGCUGUUAUGGGGAUCAGAAAAGACUUGGAACUCGCCGGCAAUGAAUUCUCUAACGUUGCCACGUGGGUCUUCAUUGCCUACUUGAUCGCUGAAGUACCUAAUGUAUACUUCUUACAGAAAGUACCGCCUGCAAAAUGGCUCGGCGGAAAUGUAUUCCUCUGGGGAGUCGCGGCUGCCGCCUCCGCUGGCGCCCGAGGAUAUCAGAGCCUGCUGGCAGCUCGAAUUUUCUUGGGUAUUUUUGAAGCGACAGUGGGACCAUCCUUGAUGCUUAUUAGCAGUCAGUACUACACCAAAAGCGAACAAGCUCCUCGGUUCACUAUAUGGUAUAUGGGUCUUGGUGUGGCCCAGAUAAUUGGGGGCCUCAUAUCUUUUGGAUUCCAGCAUGUGCAUCAUGCCUCACUAGAAGGCUGGCGGAUUAUGUUUCUUGUUCUAGGAUUGGUGACAUCUGUUGUCGGUGGUCUCACAUUUUUCUACAUCCCAGAUACACCAAUGAAGGCACCCUGGUUAUCGGAUAGCGAAAAGGUGGCCCUCCUUCAACACGUCAGCGAAAACCAGACUGGAGUAUGGAGCACAACUUUGAACCUGAAACAAAUCUGGGAGGCCGUCCUCGAUGUCCAGCUUUGGCUCCUGACUGUAAUAACAAUUCUGAUCUCCGUGUCAAGUGGUGUGGUGACGACAUAUUCCUCGACUUUAAUUGCCGGAUUUGGCUUCUCCGGUCCCAUCUCAGCCCUUCUCAAUACCCCUGGCGGUAUCGUUAGUAUAUUUUUCACCCUUCUCGUGGGUUUUGGCAUUCGGAAAACUUCUAAUCGCUGGGCCUGGAAUGUACUCUGUACAAUUCCUGGAAUCAUCGGUGGAGCAUUACUAUCUUUCUUGCCCAAGACCAAUAAAGCCGGUGUCCUGAUCGGUAUUUAUCUUGUCAACGCAAUUGUAGCAACUCUUCCGAUUAUAUACCAGUGGACCAUGGCCAACUGCGCUGGACAUACCAAGCGAGCAUUUGCUAGUGCUCUUGUUGCCGGGUCCUUUUCGGUCGGAAACAUCAUUGGCCCACAGACAUUCCAGGCACGCGAUGCACCGGAAUACCACCCAGCCAAGAUUGCUGUUCUUGCAACGCAGGCUGCGGCGGCUGUACUAUCUGUGGUUCUCUUCAUCUAUUACAAGUGGCAAAACCGUCAAAGAGACCAGACAAAGAGCGUUAAUGAGAACAGCGUCGACGAUACCAAAUGGGCUGGUCUUACUGACAAGCAGAAUCCAUCCUUCCGUUACGUCUACUGA